AUGCUUUUCAAGAAUACGGUUGUGCGGUUGGCACAGGCUGGGAACAAGGUGAUUCCCCCAGUAAAGCUAGGGUAUAAGAACAUGCUCAAGGAUCCAUCGGUCAAAUAUAGACCAUAUCCACAAAUCGAGUUGAAAAACAGGCAGUGGCCUUCGAAAACGAUCACGAAGGCGCCAAGAUGGCUUUCGACGGAUUUGAGAGACGGAAAUCAGUCAUUGCCGGAUCCAAUGUCUGUUGAGCAGAAGAAAGAGUACUUCCACAAGCUAGUGGAGAUUGGAUUCAAGGAAAUCGAGGUAUCGUUCCCAUCGGCAUCGCAAACGGACUUUGAUUUCACGAGGUACGCUGUGGAGAAUGCGCCAGAAGACGUGUCGAUCCAGUGUCUAGUGCAGUCAAGGGAACAUUUGAUUAGAAGAACGGUAGAGGCUUUGAGCGGUGCCAAGAGGGCUACCAUCCACACAUAUCUAGCGACCUCAGACAUGUUCCGUGAUAUUGUUUUCAACAUGUCGCAAGAGGAGGCUGUGAAGAAGGCCGUGGAGGCUACGAAGUUGGUCAGAAGUCUAACGAAGGACGAUCCGGCACAGAGUGCCACGCGUUGGUCUUACCAGUUUUCUCCAGAGUGUUUCAGCGAUACCCCAGUAGAGUUUGCUGUUGAGAUCUGUGAAGCCGUCAAGGCUGCAUGGGAGCCUACGGAGGACAACCCAAUCAUCUUCAACUUGCCAGCCACCGUCGAAGUCGCAACUCCAAACAUCUACGCUGACCAAAUCGAAUACUUUGCAACGCAUAUCUCGGAACGUGAAAAGGUCUGCAUAUCCACUCACACUCACAACGACCGUGGCUGUGGUGUCGCCGCCUCAGAACUAGGUAUGUUGGCUGGUGCCGACCGUGUUGAAGGUUGUUUGUUCGGUAACGGUGAACGUACCGGUAAUGUCGAUUUGGUUACCGUUGCUUUGAACAUGUACACGCAAGGUGUUUCCCCAAAUCUCGAUUUCUCAGAUAUCAACUCUGUCAUUGAAGUGGUGGAAAGAUGUAACAAGAUCCCAGUGUCCCCAAGAGCUCCUUACGGUGGUGACUUGGUCGUCUGCGCCUUCAGUGGUUCCCAUCAAGACGCUAUCAAGAAGGGCUUCAACUUGCAAGAAAAGAGACGUGCCGAGGGCGACCAACGCUGGAGAAUCCCAUACCUCCCAUUGGAUCCAAAGGAUAUCGGCAGAGACUACGAAGCUGUCAUCCGUGUCAACUCCCAAUCCGGUAAGGGUGGUGCUGCAUGGAUCGUCCUAAGAUCUUUGGGCCUCGACUUGCCAAGAAACAUGCAAAUUGAGUUCUCCGCAAUGGUGCAAGAAAAGGCCGAUUCUCUAGGAAGAGAACUUAAGGCCGAAGAAAUUGUGGACACUUUCAAGCAUCAAUACAACUUCGACGGUUCCGCAUCAACGAUCUCCUUGUUGGAAUACACAGUUACUAAGCUCGCUGGCGACCAGAGAACUUUGGUGGGUCAAGUGGACAUCAACGGCCAAGUGGUUGACAUCGAAGGUUUCGGUAACGGUCCAAUCUCCUCCCUUGUCGAUGCCUUGUCCAACUUGUUAAACGUCAAACUCGGUGUCGCUAACUACACUGAGCACUCUUUGGGUUCUGGUACCUCUACCCAGGCCGCUUCUUAUGUACACAUUGCUUACAGAAGAGAAGUCGACAAUGAAAGAGCCUUCCAUUGGGGUGUCGGUGUCUCUGAGGAUGUCUCAGAUGCAUCUGCUAGAGCAAUUGUAGCUGCUGUCAACAAAUUGAUUCAAAAGGGCGAAAUAUCUUUGCCCUCGUUCGAAUCCUCUGCAAAGGCUUCUGCUUAA